AUGGAUGUGAUUGGACCUAUUGAACCCCCUGCAUUAAAUGGACAUCGCUUCAUCUUGGUGGCCAUCGAUUAUUUCAUUAAAUGGGUCGAAGCUUUAACGUGCAAGGUAGUAACGAAGAAGGUGGUAGUAGAUUUUAUUCGCAAUAAUAUAGUCUGUCGAUUUGGGAUUCCACAGUCAAUUAUCAUAGAUAAUGCAGCCAAUCUCAACAGCGAUCUUAUGAGAGAGACUUGUGAAAAGUUUAGGAUUGCUCACCGAAAUUCCACAGCUUAUCGACCACAGAUGAAUGGAGCUGUCGAGGCAGCAAAUAAGAACAUCAAGAAGAUCUUGAGGAAGAUAAUAGACAGUCAAAGGCAGUGGCAUGAAAAGUUGCCAUAUGCUUUGCUUGGUUACCGUACCACGGCUAGAACAUCCACAGGAGCAACUCCCUACAUGCUGGACGAAGCUAAAGGGAAAUUCGCACCAAAUUGGCAAGGUCCAUACGUGGUUCAUCGAGUGCUUUCAGGAGGGGCAUUGAUUUUGGGAGAAAUGGAUGGUAAAGUGAGCACGAAGCCCAUCAACUCAGACUUGAUCAAGAAGUACUACAUCUGA